UUGUGGGAGUUUUGUUCUUUCACUCUUUGCAGUAAACCUUGCUGCUGCUCACUCUUUGGGUCCACACUGCUUUUAUGAGCUGUAACACUCACCGCGAAAAUCUGCAGCUUCACUCCUGAAGCCAGCGAGCCCACGAGCCCACUGGGAGGAACGAACAACUCCAGACGCGCAGCCUUAAGAGCUGUAACACGCACCGCAAAGGUCUGCAGCUUCACUCCUGAGCCAGCGAGACCAUGAACCCACCAGAAGGAAGAAACUUGAGACGCGCCACCUUAAGAGCUGUAACACCGCGAGGGUCCGCGGCUUCAUUCUUGAAGUCAGUGAGACCAAGAACCCACCAAUUCCGGACACAACUCCCUUUCUCCCUAUCCCCAGCCCCUGGCAACCACUAAUCUGCUUUCUGUCUCUAUGGAUUUACCUCUCUUGGGUAUUUCAUGCAAUGAAAUUGUUAAAGGAAAAGGGUCCUGACUCAGAGCCUAAGAGAGAGGGUUCUGGGAUCUCCUGCAAAAAAGAAUUCAGGGCAAGUCCAUAAAGUGAAAGCAAGUUUAUUUAAAAAGUAAAGGAAUAAAAGAAUGGCUACUCCAUAGACAGCGCCCUGAGGGCUGCUGGUUGCCCAUUUUUAUGGUUAUUUCUUGAUUAUAUGCUAAAUAAGAGAUGGAUGAUUCAUGCCUCCCUUAGGGUAACUUCCUGAGAUUGCCAUGGCAUUUGUAAACUCUCAUGGUGCUGGUGGGAGUGUAGUAGUGAUGACCAGAGGUCACUCUCUGGGCCAUCUUGGUUUUAGUGGGUUUUGGCUGGCUUCUUUACUCCAAGCUAUUUUAUCAGGAAGGUCUUUAUGACCUGUAUCUUAUGCUGACCUCCUAUCUCAUCCUAUGACUUAGAAUGCUUAACCAUCUCAGGAAUGUAGCCUAGUAGGUUUCAGCCUUAUUUUACCCAGUCCCUACUCAAGAUGGAGUUGCUCUGGUUCAAAUGCCUCGAAAUUAUCACACAUACAAUUUUGAACCUUUAGUUUCUGGCUUCUUUCACUUAUAUUUUUUUAAGGUUUAUCCACAUUGUGGGAUUUAUUAGUACUUCAUUCCCUUUUAUAGCUGCAUAAUAUAUUUAUCUAUGCAUCCAUUGAUGGACAUGUGAAUUGUUUCCAACUUUUGGCUACUGUGAAUAGUGCUGCUGUACAAGUAUUUGUUUGAAUACCAGUUUUAUUUUGGUAAUAUACCUAGUAGUGAUAUAGGCAUUAAGAAUAAAUUAUUUAGGCAGGUAAGCUACAGGAGUCCUUGGUAAGGUUUUCCUUUUAAUGAAAAACAGCCCCCAGAUAAUUUUCUUUUGUAACAAAGAACAUCCUGUAAAAUCAAGCUGCAAACAUAGACAAGCAAGCUGGAAGCUUGCAGGGGUGAACGCCAGCAGUUGUGCCAAUAGGAAAAGGCUACCUGGGACUAGGCAUGUUCAAAAUGGCGGCUCCAUCUUCCCUUCUCUUUGCUAGCCGAGUGUGCAGUAAGGAGCAGGCAAUAUGGUGCCAGCCAGGCAAAGAUUCCAUUUGCAUAAUAAGAUUAGGGUGGAGAAGCCAGCUUACCUGGCCUGUUAUGUAAAUGUCACACCUGGUCCAACCAAUCUUUGGACCCUAUGUAAAUCAGACACUGCCUUCUUAAGCCUGCGUAUAAAAUCGGGUGCACUCUGCCCUAGGCUGGAAUUCCCAUUCGAGCGCCCCACUCUCUCAUGAGAGACCUUUUCUCCCUUUUUUGCCUAUGAAAUCUCCUCUCCUAAACUCGCUCCUUGUGUGUAUCCAUGUCCUUAAUCUUCUUGGCACUAGACGAGGAACCUCAGGUAUUUACCCCAGAAAACGACGCUGCUUCAGUAGCAGAAUUGCUGCGUCAUAUGGUAAUUCUUUCUUUUUGAGGAACCACAAAACUGUUUUCCACAGUAGCUGCCCUAUUUUACAUCUCCAUCAGCAAAGUAUGAAGUUUGAAUUUCUCCACAUUCUCACCAAUACUUUUUUCCUUAAAAAAUUUUUUUUGGUAGCCAUACUAGUGUAACCAAAAUGCGGGUAAGUUGCUCCCACAUGCUAAAAAAAAAAAAAAGCCGGGCGUGGUGGCGGGCGCCUGUAGUCCCAGCUACUCGGGAGGCUGAGACAGGAGAAUGGCAUGAACCCGGGGGCUGAACUUGCAGUGAGCCGAGAUUGCGCCACUGCACUCCAGCCUGGGCGACGGAAUGAGACUCCAUCUCAAAAAAAAAAAAAAAAGAAAAAGAUUAUCUGUAUAUUCUCUUCUAAGAGUUUUACAGUUUAGCUCUUUGUUAUUGAUGAAUUUUAAGUCAAUUUCAUGCAAAUUCAUUCUUCUGCAUAUGGAUACCCAAUUGUCCCACCACCAUUUAUUUUUUAUUUUUAUCUAUUUAAUUAUUUUAUUUAUUUUGAGAUAGAGUCGCCCAGGCUGGAGAGCAAUGGCAUGAUCUUGGCUCACUGCAACCUCCGCCUCCCAGGUUCAAGUGAUUCUCCCUCCUCAGGCUCUUGAGUAGCUGGUACCAUAGGCGAGUGCCACCACACCCUUCUAAUUUUUGUAUUUUUAGUAGAGGGGGGUUUCGCUAUGUUGGCCAGGCUGGUCUUGAAUUCCUGACCUCAGGUGAUCCACCUGCCUCGGCCUCCCAAAGUGCUGGGAUUACAGACAUGGGACACCGCGCCCAGCCUCAUCCUCCAGUCUCUACCCUUCUUCAAUCUUUUGUGAGAAUUGAGGGGAAGGGUAAGUGAGGGGGUGAGUCCUGGAAGGGAGGAAGACAGUGAGAGAAGGGCAGGGUCCUGGCAAGCAGUAAGUGCUCAACAGAUGUUGGUUAAUUUGCGCCUGACUCAGUCUCUCCCAUAAACUUGCAAGCUCUUUGAAGGCAGGGGCCUUGCCUCAUACUUUUUCGGUAUUUCUCAAAAGUCCUGGACAUCAGAGACCACCCCAUGGUUAUUUGAUCACUUCAACACACACGUUGGUUAUGCGGUCACAGCGGUUAUUAUGAUAAAAACAGGCUCUGGAGUGUGACUUCAAAUGCUGGCCGCUGACGAGCUGGGCUGUCUGGAAAGUUACUUCACCUCUCUGAGCCUCGGGUGCCUUAUUUACAAAAUGUUCAUGGCAGUGCCCACUUCACAGGGCUGUGAGGAUUACAGAGGAUAAUCUGGGUGAGGCGCAUCAGCCCCAGCGCCGCCUGCCACAAUUCUAUCCGGCCCCACAUAUGCAUCGUCCAUAAGCGUCAGGCCUCUGCAUUCUCGCUUUUCCACGUGGCCGAGGUGCACACCCCAACCCACUGGGCCAGUCUCCCCACCCUCUUACCUGCUCUUCUUUCCCGACUCGUCUUUAAUACCCACCAGGCGCCAACCGCCGCGGGCCUGGCUCUAUGGUGGCAAGUUGCAUGGGUUCUCCCAUCAGGACCUCCCGAUGAGCCUACGAGGUCGGUUCUAUUACUGUCGCUACUUCAGAGGGAGGAAACAGGCCCGCAGGGUUGGGGAACUUCCCAAGGUCACUGAACUGGUGUCAGGCCGAGAUUGGAAUCCAAACACAUCCCAGCCCAUGCCCGGCUCCCCAGCGCCGGCCCCCGGGCGUCUUCCCGGGUGCCAGCGGCACCUGCAUCCAUUCAAAUGCUGCCCAGUCCCCGCUCCUCAGUCGCUUCCCUCUACUACGCGCCCGCAUCUCCCCCCGACCCCUCAGGGUCAGGCCUCUCGGUGGUUUUUCCUUUUUCUCUUCCAGAAACUAAGGCUUGAGACCGACGUUUGUGUGCCGGACGCGUGCAGGUGGCGGCGACGCUCCCGGGAGACGCGGGGGGAGAACCAGUCUGUGAGCGCGGCUGUGAGAAGCCCCGACCAAGCUUUCCACGCGCUUGUUUCGGGGAGCAGAGGACGCGAGGGCCGGCUGCGUCCCCAGUGCGCAGGCUCGGCCGGGGGCGCGUAAUCAGGCAGCCCAGCGGUCCCUUCAAACCGAGGCAGGCAAGCUCUACGUCUUGGGGGCCGCAUGGUGCCGAGAGCGCAGACCCGCCCCGCCCCUCCGCGCCACGCACGCGCUCGGCUCCGCGCUUAAUGGUUAGUUGGGUAACAGCCCGCGGUGUCCUAGU